AUUUAAUUUUUUUUGCCUCCUGUGGCUCAGAGUAGGAUGACCAACGAUCCCCAGACAGAUGAGCAGUAUGAAAACCAAACUGGACUCAUAGACAAAGAGCAAAAACUGCUGGAGAGGGGUCAAUGGGCUACCAAAUCAGAGUUUAUUCUGGCAGUCGCAGGGCAGAUCAUUGGACUGGGAAACGUUUGGAGAUUUCCUUACCUGUGCUUCAAAAAUGGGGGAGGUGCCUUUUUAAUCCCUUACAUGCUGUUUUUAAUUACCUGCGGUAUUCCUCUCUUCUUUCUGGAAACGGCCCUGGGUCAAUAUACCCAGCAAGGGGGCAUCACAUGCUGGUGGAAAGUCUGUCCAUUGUUUGCAGGUAUUGGCUUUGCUACUCAGGUCAUUAUUGUUUAUAGCACCACCUAUUAUAUUAUCAUCCUGGCCUGGGCAUUCUUCUACUUGUUCCACUGUUUCACCUGGGACCUGCCCUGGGCCACAUGUAACAACACUUGGAACACAGCCUACUGUGUGGAGUUUGAUAAGAUGAACAGGAGCUUGAAUUGGACUGAUGGAAGAAAUUUUACUUCACCAGCCAACGAGUUUUGGACAAGACAGGUGCUAAAGAUCUCUGGUGGGAUAGAUGAGCUUGGCAGUGUAAACUGGGAAAUGGCACUGUGCCUUCUUCUUGCCUGGAUCAUCUGCUACUUCUGUGUUUGGAAAGGAGUCAAAUCCACAGGAAAGGUCGUGUACUUUACUGCCACCUUCCCUUAUGUCAUGUUGGUUAUCCUCCUGCUGCGAGGGCUGACUCUACCUGGAGCUGGGGCAGGCAUCAUCUUCUAUCUUAAACCAGAUAUAGCACGCCUUGGGGACCCUCAGGUGUGGAUGGAUGCUGGAACACAAAUAUUUUUCUCCUAUGCAGUCUGUUUAGGAUGCUUGACUGUUCUUGGGAGCUAUAACAAGUACAAUAAUGACUGUUACCGAGACUGCUUUCUUCUCUGCCUAAUGAACAGUGGAACAAGUUUUGUGGCAGGAUUUGCCAUUUUCUCUGUCCUGGGCUUCAUGGCUUAUGAACAAGGAGUGGGAAUUGAAAAAGUGGCAGAAUCUGGUCCAGGCUUGGCAUUCAUUGCAUACCCCCGUGCAGUAGCCAUGAUGCCCCUUCCCCAACUGUGGGCAUUUUGCUUCUUUUUAAUGGUUAUCCUUCUUGGUUUGGAUUCUGAGUUUGUGGGACUGGAGAGCUUGGCCACCACCAUCACAGACUUAUUCCCUACAACCUUGCGCAGGAGGCACUCUAGAAAGUUGCUUCUUCUGUUGAUCUGUUUUAUCUGCUUCCUGAUUGGUUUGCUGAUGGUCACAGAGGGUGGUGUGUACCUCUUCCAGCUGUUUGAUUACUAUGCCUGCAGUGGAACAAGCCUUGUGCUCCUGGCAAUUUUUCAGUCUAUCUGUGUCAGCUGGGUUUAUGGUGCAGAUCGCUUCUAUGACAAUAUUGAAGAUAUGAUUGGAUAUCGGCCUACCCCACUGAUUAAAUACUGUUGGCUUUUCAUCACUCCGGCCAUCUGUGCAGGCACGUUUGUCUUCUCUGUCAUCAAAUACACCCCACUCAAGAUGAACAACUCGUAUGUGUACCCAGCUUGGGGGUAUGCUUUGGGAUGGUUUAUCGCUCUCUCCUCCAUCAUUUGCAUUCCUCUCUGGAUCAUUUAUCAACUUUUGCAGGCCAAAGGUUCAAUACGGAAGCGUCUUCACUUUCUGCUUCUCCCUGCUGAUGACCUGCCAGUUCCUCAAAGAACAACAAUGAGAUUACGUCAGCUUACCUCAAAAUAUUGUCAGUCUAUCAGCUGUGCUGUGGAGGACCCUGACUUCAGGGCGGCAACCUAAAUGAAAUUCCUGUCAUCCUCACAAAAGACUUUGUCUUCCAGCUACCAGCAUGACCUGGGCACUAAGAUAAUUUCUGUGUUUGUUAAGAUGUGAAAAGCAAAUCUUUUUGUGCAAACGCUUUAGAAUAUGUGGAAUAGGUGGUAGUCAUUUAUAUUUCAAAAAGUCUAUCACAGCAAAGACUACCAGACAAAGAUGGCAUUUUCUUUGACAUUUAUUGUAAACCAUAUUGAAUAAUUAAAAAAAAACACCAGCAUUUUCCUCUCCUUUAUGAAGAGUUUCUUACUGGUCUUAACAAACAGAGGACCAGGUAGACAAAAAACCACACAAAGAAUUCCUACAUUAGAUAUUGACUUCUACAUCUUCCUUAA